CCGCGUCACAGUGACCAGAGCGGACCGACCUAAAGGGGCCAGGCGUGGAGUCUGCCAUGUAGCUGUGCCUAUCCCCUAGCUAGCUUUUAGUAUAUCUCCCCCUACAUUUAGAGGGCAGUAAAUGACCCAUAUCUUAAAUAGAUAGCUAAAGAGCCAUGGACAUAUUCUGGCAUAAAUGCAGGGUUAAAUGUUACUAGGGUUACAGGCUUUGUUGUUGUUAGCUAGACUGCUAAUUUAGCUAACGUCGUUAGCUACAUAACUAGCUAUUCAGAGCUAACGAGCGGUGCUAGGUUAGCAAGGCAAAUAGCUAGUUAUCUAGACUAGUCAGCAAGACAAAUAGCUAAUUAUCUAGACUAGUUAGCUACCAAGUUGACCAGACAAGAGACCAUUCCGCGAAAGGAGACAAGUCACGGAGACGUGACGCCAAGGUUCAUCUAAACGAGAAUCUCCUGUCAGAGGGACCACAUGGAUACGGAGAACAUGCCUCCCCCUUACGAGGACAACCGAGAGGCAGAGCGCCAGAGUUGUCAGUCCCGCAGCAGGAGCACGGCUGGGAAAGGUUCCGAGGCGUCGGUACCAACUCUGAAACGGGACAAGAGUCGGGACGGAGAAAGAGAUGAGAGGGACAGCUGUGCUGGGGACCAGGCUAAGACACGGACACAGGAAGUGGAUCCGGACCGGGACCGCAUGUCAGACAGAGAGCAUCGGAGGAGCAGCUCUUUCUACUCUGAGGACUACGAGAACCUAACACCCUCGGAACACACGCUUUCGCCCUACUCCCGUACGCCCUCCCCCAGCCCUCGCAGAAAGGGACCUCGCGCCAAGAGGGUCUCCAGCAGUCCUCAACACAAAACAGGUGUCCGUCGGGGUGUGUCUCGCCCUCCCCGUGUGGGUGCCCAGCCCCAGCGGGCUCAGCGUUGGGGGGUACGGACCGAGUCCCAGAGCCUGAUCAAGGACACCACGGCGCCCCCUAAAGAUCUUGACCUGGUGACCAAGCGCAUGCUGUCGGCCCGCCUGUUGAAGAUCAACGAGUUACGCAACGCCCUGGCAGAGCUACAGCUCCACACCGACCAGAUAACUAAGGAGAACCGCAUCCUCAGACAGCUCCAGCACCGCCAGGAGAGGGCGCUGCAGCGAUACGACGACACGGAGAGUGAGAUCGCCCAGCUGCUGUCGCGCCACGCCAACGAGACCACAGCUCUGCGGGAACGUCUACGGCGGACACAGGAGAGGGAGCGGGACGCUGAGAGGCGACUCAAAGACACACAGGAGCAGCUGCAGCGUAGCCAGUCGUCCCUGGGUCGUCUGAGGCGUCUGGCAGAACAGCAGGAGUUAGGUCCCAGGGAGGAGCUCACCAGGAGACUGGAGCAGGAGAGGGCCAAGGACCAGGAGAACCAGCUAAAGAUCAAGGAUCUGGAGCGCAGAGUGGAACUGAGCAGCAGUAGUUACCAGAGACAGCUAGCUACAGAGAGGAGGAAGACCACCAGUACCCAGGACCAGGUCUCAGACCUGCAGGAGGAGGUGGAACGACUCAGCAACAAACUCAAGGAGAAAGAGAGGGAACUGGACACUAGGAACAUCUAUGCCAACCGCUUGUUGAAACCAUCGCCCAGGAACACAGACAACACCACAAAGAGGAAAGGCCCCAGUAUGUCCAGCUCUAAGGCAGUACAGACAGUGAACGAGAACUUGAGUCUCGACUUCCCGUCACCGCCCCCGGCCGUCACCGAGGGCAACUAUCACUACAACGACCAAGCCCCCGAUGACUACCUGUCACUCAAGCCAGGUGUCUCUAGUACACCUUACAGCUCCAGGGAGGUUGACAUAGCAGAGCGAAGGCCGAAGGAGACUGAGGAGAGAAAGGAGAGAGGGGAGCGAGAGAGGGUACAGAAGGAGAGAGAGAGGGAGAAGCAGAGGAUUGACCUGGAGUUGGACACACUUGAGGAAAAGACCAAGAGACUGAGAGAUGGCUGGGAGAAAGAGGAGGAGGAGAGUAAGAGGCUGAUCCAUAAGGAGGAAGAGAACAGGAAGAGGCGUGGCCAAGUCCAGGAAGAGGUUGCGAGGCGGAACCAAGAGGCGCUAGCCAGUCAGGAAGUGGCGGAGGCAGAGCGUCGCAGGAAGGAGCAACUAUUGGCAAAGCUGAGGGAAAUUGACAAGCAGAAUGAGCCACCCCAGAACGCUGGGCUGUUCUACGAGGUUGACCCAGAACCCCUGGAGUCUAGCUCAGGUUCCACUGCACGUUCUCCUCCACGGCUCUCCGACCCACGGAACCAGAACCCUUCCAUCUUCAGCUUCACUGAGCCGGAGGAGAUGGGCGGUCUGCGUGGGGGAGCGGGGAGCAGGGAGGGGGGCAAGUCAGGGCGAGGCGGGGCAGAGAGCGGUUUGGGUCCAGGAGCGGGGACUGGGAGGAGAGGGAUGAGGGCUCAGAACUCAAGCGAGGACCUGGCUUUCGGUAGCUACGCCCCGUCCUUUGGACGGCCGGCCCCACGAGGGGGUACAGGCUUCCCAACCCCACCGCCGCCCUCGGCUCUGGACGCUCUGCUGGGGCGGUCAGAGAGAGAGGAGAGAGGAGGACCAGGCCCGGGAAAAGAGAGGAAGUCUACUUUGUUGCAGCAGCUCUUUGGCCCCCCAUCCAGCCCCUCUCCGAUCUCCGACAGCCCCCCAGACGUCCUCCUUAACCCUCCCACUUCCACCCUCACCGGGCCACGCAACUGCAGAGAGGGCUUUUUCCCCUUUGAGCCCAGGGCCCCAACAGGCCCCCUUGGACCCUUCCUUUCCUCCCUCCACGUGACUGAGAGCAGGCCGGCCGUACGAGCCAUGGCUUCCUUCGACGACGACAUCGAGGAACUCAAACUUUGAUCAAAUCACUUUUUUAAUAGUUUUUUUUAUUAUUCGUCUGUUGAGUAGGAACUCGCGGUCUGAUUAGUCAACGAAGGAGGAAGUGACACUUGGAUUGGCCGUUGAGGCUGUUAAUCACUAUACUAAGGGUGGACCCGGUGGUUGGGUUUUCACAGGGUUUUAAAAGCACUAAGUCGUAUUUGUUCUGCUAUCAGAUCAAUCUCAGCCUGGUUAUGGACUGUUUUAUGUGAUAGAUCAAUGUCUCUCAGUGUGUGUGUCAAUACCAUGUGUGAAUGUUGCUCAGGGGAGUCUGUAAAAUCAGGGAAGCAGCAGCAUUUUCAGACAGACUUAGGCUCCGCCUCAAAUGGUGCCCUAAUGAAGACCGCUUUAAUGUUGAAUGAUGCAUAGAGGAAGCAGCUGUAAUGUUGACAGCUUUAUUAACGUUGGUUAUUGAAUUGUUGCAUCAGAGAUACAUUGUAUAUACAAAAGUAUGUGGACACCCCUUCAAAUUAGUGGAUUUCACUGUUUCAGCCACACCUGUUGCUGACAGAUGUAUAAAAUUGAGCACACAGCAGCAAUGCAAUCUCCAUAGACAAA